AUGGACAGCAGUAGGCUGGUUAAGGGCAAUGUGGAAGACCACAAAGUACCAGCUCUUUUGUAUCUCCUUUUCAACAUGAAGCUCUUUGUUCUUCUCAUCACCCUCUUUGCUCUCGCACCAACCCAAGUGAUCGGGUUUGGUCCGGAUAUAUCCGAAGUGUUUGACAACACCACCGGCACCCCGGACACUAGGUUUGGGCAAGAAAUCGGGUCAGAAUACACUGCUAAUAUUUUAUUCGAUGCUUCGGACUUCGUUUUGAAGACUUUCGAACAAACCGACGGAGGAGGGAAGAACUACACGUCUAUAGGUGCAACCGUCACGAGCUUUAAAGCGAGCGGAAUCGGAGGCUACCCACUCCAAGUCGCGAUUAUCGGAGGCAACGUGAUUCUUCUAAACGCCGACUAUGUCCAGACCUAUACUGGUGACUUAAAAGCCGAGUUCACUGGAAUUCUGUAUCAUGUAAGCGCGCGCGUCUGGCAAUGGACGGCCGAUGGCACCGCCCCGAACUGGCUUAUCACCGGUAUUGCUGACUACGUUAGGUUGACCUCGGGAUGGCCGUCGAAGGACUGGGUAUCGAGGGGGUCGGGCUCGAGCUGGGAGGAAGGAUAUGCUGUUGCGGCGUACUUUCUGGAGUACUGUAACGGAAUCAAUGGCAGAUUCAUUGCUGAGCUAAAUGCCAUAAUGAGGUAUUCCUAUAGUGAUGCUUUCUUCGCGCAGCUUCUCAGGAAGCCUGUGUACGAUUUGUGGGACGACUACAAACUACAAUACGGAGGCAACCCACCGGCACCUGCACUGGCUUCGAGUUCAGGAUGUUAA